ACAAUUUCUUUUUUUUUUAACAGCAACGGACAGUUUGCUGGUUCGCUAGCAGGAACAGUUUUGUUACUACUAUUUACUUUCCCGUUGAAUAAAGCUUAGCUAAUAAUAGUGGGCACAUAUUGCCCAAGUUUAGCGGAGCUGAUUAAACGCGUUGUUGGAGAGCUAGCGGGUUUUUUAUAGAAGGUCUACGCUGUACCUUCGGGUUUUUUUUCUCAUGAUCUAAGGCAGCUAACCCAGCAAGCUUACAAGUUGAGUAGCAAGCGUCUAGCUAGCUAACUAUGCACAGUUUCUGAAGUCGAAAGGAGGGACAACGCCUGUUCCUAUGAAACCGUCUUUGUAGUAUAUACCUGUUUUAAUAACGUGUUACCCGGACUAUUUUUGCUAUUACCGUAAAUGGCAAUUUUAUUAUCGUGGGAACAUUUCGAAAAGUAGCUAUACUUCAGUGUAUUGCGCUGCUCCCUCCCAUGUGUUGUUGCCAACGCCUUUUUUCGUCUUCGCUGUGUUUUACUCAGGCUGGCAGGGAGCUAGCAAGAUAGCUUGUUUUGGCUAAUUGCAGUUUUCAUACCGGAGUAAUUGAUUUGCUAAAACACUGCUUCUUAGGUGUAGCGUACUAAUAGACUAGUUAGGUAAUUUAUUUCAAAAUGGGGUGUACACUGAGCGCCGAAGACAAAGCGGCAAUGGAAAGGAGUAAGAUGAUCGAUCGGAAUUUACGAGAAGACGGGGAAAAAGCUUCAAGGGAAGUCAAACUGCUUCUUCUAGGUGCUGGUGAAUCAGGAAAGAGCACAAUAGUAAAGCAGAUGAAAAUCAUCCACGAAGAUGGCUACUCAGAGGAAGAGUGCAAGCAGUACAAGGUGGUGGUGUACAGCAACACCAUCCAGUCCAUCAUCGCCAUCAUCAGGGCCAUGGGGAGGCUGCAGGUGGACUUCGGGGACGCGGCACGAGCGGACGACGCGCGACAGCUCUUCGUGCUGGCGGGCUCGGCGGAGGAAGGGGUCAUGACGGCGGAGCUGGCCGGGGUCAUCCGCCGGCUGUGGACCGACGGCGGCGUCCAGACCUGCUUCAUCAGAUCCAGAGAGUACCAGCUCAACGACUCCGCCUCAUAUUACCUCAACGACCUGGACAGGAUAUCCCAGCCGAGCUACAUCCCCACGCAGCAGGACGUCCUUCGCACCCGGGUCAAAACCACAGGCAUCGUGGAGACGCACUUCACCUUCAAAGAGCUCUACUUCAAGAUGUUCGACGUCGGGGGCCAGCGCUCGGAGAGGAAGAAGUGGAUCCACUGCUUCGAGGGCGUCACGGCCAUCAUCUUCUGCGUGGCCCUCAGCGACUACGACCUCGUCCUGGCGGAGGACGAAGAAAUGAACCGAAUGCACGAGAGCAUGAAGCUGUUCGACAGCAUCUGCAACAACAAGUGGUUCACGGAAACCUCCAUCAUCCUCUUCCUCAACAAAAAAGAUCUGUUUGAAGAGAAGAUCAAAAGGAGCCCGCUGACCAUCUGCUACCCAGAAUACUCCGGCUCAAACACGUACGAGGAGGCGGCGGCCUACAUCCAGUGCCAGUUUGAGGACCUGAACAGGCGGAAGGACACCAAGGAGAUCUACACGCACUUCACCUGCGCCACCGACACCAAGAACGUGCAGUUUGUCUUUGACGCCGUGACGGACGUCAUCAUCAAGAACAACCUGAAGGAGUGCGGCCUGUACUGAAGGCCUCCGCUCCUUCUCUUGCUGGUGCGUGCAGGUCAGUACAGGUCACUCGUGACAGGGAGGCAUAACUAAUUGGAGGAGGACCAUUGUUACUGUCCAUGAGGAACAGCUACAGGUUUGAAAAGGAUGGACCAUUGUGAUGUCGUUGCCAUGGCGCUUACAGGGGUUCUUUUGUUCUUCAGAGCCAAAUUGAGGAUAUUGGAUUGUUUGUAUUUUUCUUAAAAGGUCUUGUCAAAUGUGGAAAGCAUGGCGGGAGAGUACGGUGCAAAUAUGAUGGGAAAGCUCAAAUUCAGUGGGGUUGUGCUGUGACGCUCGUGCUUUCCUUUAUUGGACAUUAACCCACAUUUAAGCAGUUUGUAUUAAGCUGUCAGCAAAUAUGAAGAGAGAGAAAUGCCUGUAUGCCUAUCAGCAUUGAAGAAGCGUAUCUGUCUAUUUUCUCCACAACGACAUACGUUUGCUCGGUCUUUUUAAUUGUUUUAACUGUACUAUGCACAAUGACCAAACUUUCUGUAUUUUCUUUGUGUAAUUUUUUUUGGUUCAAAACACAAAGAUUUUAGACUGUUCGUGAAAGAGGGAGAUGGGUCUGUUAUUCCUCCAUGCAAGUAUUCCUUUUCCUUUGUAUUCCUUCAAAAAUGUCUUUUUCAUCUUGCUGUAAAUAGUAUUUUUUUCAGGAAUCAGCACUUAUUUAGCUUGUCACAGGCUCACAAAUCUUCUUAUUUUUAUUUUUUUGGCACAGUGAAUUGUGCUUCACCAUUUUACAUCCACCCAAUGGUUCUUUUACUGAAUUUCUAUAUCGGUUGCACUUUGAAAUUGAUAAAUAGAUGACCUGACAUUCCACGUUUAUUCUAAUCAUGUUGUGCUUUGCUGAAUUGUGAAACAGUGUGGUCUUUUAACCAAUUCACAGGUCCCCUAGAUUACACCACAUACGUCAGACCAAUUAGAUUAGAUGUAUCUAAAUUCUGUAGAUGGAAUCCUAAAGGAACUACUUUAUAUUAACUGAUAUUUUAUAUAUAUGGAGCUUGUCCACAUCAGCGAAAUUGAAUUCAAUUUUUGCCACAUGCCAUAGAUUAAUUGGAUGCAAAUAGUUUCUGAAAACGUUGCAUUUAAAAUGAAAUCUCAGAUGUGAAACUUGGACCAGUUUGCAUUGAAAAGAAAUUACAUUGGUAGUGUUGGUUCAGCAUUGUUGUGCCUUUUUAAAAGAGAAUUUUAUUGGACAGAACACUUACUUUUAUCUCUGUGAACAAUAGAAUUGGUGUUCGCAUUUUGACUUUUUUAAAAUUUAGUUUUAAGGGACUCAUGUUCAUAGUAGUUUUUUUGAGUCUGCUAAGCUGGUAGAAGAUCCAUUUUGUACCUUUAAAUACAUUUUUGAAAGAGCCAUUUGUAUUCAUGGACUGGUAGGAGGCCUUGUGGUAUGCACCAUUCACUAGUAUUUAACAGAAAAAGUGUUUCCAAGUACCAAUUGUUAUUUACUGUAAUGACUUCCACCUCUCAGUACUUUCUUAUGUAUGAAUCUGGUGAUAUUUAUGGUUCUGUUGGUUUGAUUUUGUACAGAUUGUAUUGAUAUCUUGACCCUUAAAUGGUUGCGAUAAGCUUUUGUGCCGUUUCUUUUUAAAAUAAAAUUGGGUGAAGACAG